GAGUAAAUACGCUUAUCAUCCACGUUCGUUUUAAACAGGUCACCCUGAUAUUACAGUGAUAUUAUGCAAUUCAAUGGAGACCUCCGUGAUUGAAUUGAUUUAUAUUUUAUACUCAGUCAUUCCAUAAAUAACGGUUCAUUAUGGUGACAUUAGGAGUUUUAAUUACCGGUGUGUUAAUUUUCAUCAUUUGUGUCCUUCUGUGUUUCCUAUUGUAUUCAACAUGGAAUUUCGGAAUUUUCAAGAAAAUGGGGGUAAAAGGACCACCUCCCAAUCUUUUUGUUGGAAACUUCAAGACGGUCGCCGAAAUGGGAACGGCUGAAGCUGACAUGAUGUGGUGGAGGGAGUACGGAGAUGUUUUUGGGCACUUUAAUGGAAGAUCGCCCAUGUUAGUUGUUGCAGACACGGAAAUGCUGAAGGAAAUUCUAGUGAAACAGUUUCAAAAUUUCACUGAUCGAGCAGUUCCACGAGGAUUUAGUGGUGACGUCGAAGAAAAUAUAAGCACACAGCAAGGAAAUGUGUGGAAAAAUUCCCGGGCAAUAUUGUCGCCAACCUUCACAGCUGGAAAACUUAGAAAGAUGGACCCUCUUCUCAAUGAAGCUGGGGAUAAACUUGUUCAACAUGUUAAAAGAGAAAUCAAGGAAAAUGACGAGGUAGACUUUGCAAAUCUCUUUGGAUGUUACACGGUAGAUGUUAUUGCUUCUACUGCAUUUGGAAUGACGGUGAAUACGCAGCGGGAUUCCAAUGACAAAUUUAUGGAGAUGGUUUCAAAACUUAUCUUUGUGAAACGUACAUCACCCCUUCUAACCCUUGCAUUUGCAAUUCCCAUUCUUGCAAGGCCAAUAGCAAAGUUCUUCAAUGUUUCAUUUUUGAAUGAGGAGGCAUCUGUAUUUUUCAAGAACGCUAUUAUAAAGGAGAUGACAACAAGAGAUUCAUCCAAAAGGGAAUACGUUGAUUUUAUCCAACUUAUGAUGGAAGCUUAUAAUGAUGACCCGCAAAAGAUGGACGGGAAAAGAGGGUUGUCAUCCAAAGAGAUAAUCGCUAAUUGUUUACUGUUUUUCUUCGCUGGUUAUGAGACCACUGCCGCCACUCUUGCUUACAUGGCAUAUCUUCUAGCUCUUCAUCCAGAUGUUCAAAGGAGGGUUUACGAUGAGAUAGUAAAGGAACUGGGAGAUGAAGAACCAGGGUAUGAUAAUGUAGUGAAGUUGCAGUAUAUGGACAUGUGCCUGAGUGAGACAAUGAGGUUGUUCCCUGUUGCCCCUAGGACAGAUAGAGAAUGUGUACGGGAUACUGAUAUCAAUGGAUUUAAGAUACCGAAGGGCAUGGCGGUUGCAAUACCAAUAUGGAUUUUACACCAUUCUGAUAAACUGUGGAAAGAUCCAGAGAAGUUUGAUCCAGAAAGAUUUACGCCAGAGAACAAAGCCAAGAUGAAUCCGUAUCAGUUCAUGCCUUUUGGUUAUGGUCCAAGGAUAUGUAUCGGAAAAAGAUUGGCUCUCACUGAGAUCAAAGUAGCAAUGACAAAAAUCCUUAGAGAGUUUGAAUUAACUACGUGUUCCAAAACAAAUAUACCUCCGAAAUUUAGGAAUGGUGCCAGUCUUGUUCAACCAGUAGAUAUGUGGCUGAGAGUUACUGAACGCUGACCAAAAUCCUUUUUCUCAACUGUUAUAUUUUUGUAUUGCAUAGCAUGUAUCCUGACUUCAUGCUACCUCGAUGUGAAUAUGCUGAAAACUCACGUCAAAAAAUACAAGAUUGUAAAUAAAUGUGAUCCUUUGGUAGACGUAUUACGUUUAUAUUGAAUUUGAAUCCUAUACAAGCCUAGGUGACAUGUACCUUUCUUUUUUCAACAUGAAUCAAAAUGUGAAUUUAAAAAUUUCAAUGAAAAAUGUUUUGGGUACGCAUCUCUUAUCCGCAACUCCUCUUAUACCUCUGAAUGAAGUUGAAUGAGACAAAAUCUUUGUUACAAAGUGACAUUGUGUGACCUUUUGUUUUUCUUAUAUACGUCACAUGUAUUGGGUUACCUAUAGUGAAACAUGGAUGCUGCCAUCUUUUCUAUUAUACUGAAGGGUACCCA